CACCCGAAAAACUGUACCGAUGCGAGAUUUCUUCUCGCACUUUGGCACCACGACGAGACGCGCGACUCGGUAGGAGUUGGAUCCGACAUGGUGUCAAUGGCCGGAAUGCUUGGAGCUACGCUAAUACAAGGCCGGGUUUUCAUUACCAAGGAUUACCACGGUGCCAGGCACAAAGGAUGCACAGGAUCCAACCACGUGCUACUUUGUUCCCGAGGCUUCUGAGGAGUGCAUGGAAAGGGCAUUGCGGCUUGCUGAGCAAAAACAGGCAUGGGACGAGGGAAUUAUCAAAGAGUUUAGUGGCGAUCAAUGAAAUGGUGAGAUUCCAAGUUUUUGGGGAGAGCAAUGCGACCAACUGUGGGGGUAAAAGACAAGCUCAUGACAAAUUACCCACAAAUCAUCGAAGGUGGUGGAGAGCUCAGGCACUUCGCUAUCUCACACGAUUUCCAAGUGAGUAUCUGUGCAAUCUUUUAAACAAAGAACGACAUAGAGCCUUUGGGGAAGAAGUUGCAAAACUGGUGCUUAAAACCCUUGGCACUGAAUGGCCGCAUACAAGAAAUGAGAGUAAGCGUAAUUCCAGUAAUCCCAUGGAAGAACAUGUGUGGAGUGACUAUGGACCUUGGAUGCCGCGGCCUCUGUUAAGCAUUCAUGUGAGACAGGGUGACAAAGCCAGCGAGAUGAGAGUAGUCUCUUUUGACGAAUACAUGAAGCUCGCCAAUGUCCUCCGGAAGAAAUGCCCACACGUAAGAAAUGUGUGGCUUUCCACGGAAAUGCAGAACGUCGUGGAUGAAUCCAAGGAGUACAAAGGCUGGAAAUUUUAUUACAGUGAUGUUCCAAGGCAAGUUGGAACGAUCAGGAUGGUGGAGUAUAUGGCAUUACAAGCAAGCGUUCGACACGGCCUUUAUAAACUUGGUCAUGGCAGCCGAGUGUGA